GUUUGCGAGGGUGGCAGCAGUGUGAGUGGAGAGAGGGACACGAUGUGAGCGGAGGGCUGUCGAGUGGCCCUGGCAGCGCGUUUUCACUGAGGAAGGCUGCAACUUUUUUUUUUUUUUUCCCCCUCCUCCCUGAAGAUUGCCGGUGAUUAUAUGAGAAACACUUGGCCGUGUGGCGGCUAUAAGGUCCUGCCUGGUUCGUGUUGUGCGCACAGACUCGUAGCGUCUCAGUGAACGACGGUCGGUCAGUCGGGAUGCUCGUCUGAGAGCAGCCCGCCGUGUGCUUUCUCCUUCUGGAUUUUUUUUUUUUUUUUUUUUUUUUUAAAUGAAGUUCUUCUGCGAGCCCGUUUCAAAGUCGUUUGUUUCGCCUUAAACUUCUCAAAAAUGCUGUUCUUCGCUUUGUCCUCGGCUCGCAACAAACCUGGAUAACGAAAGGGAGCAGCUACGUGACAACACCCCGACACGACGACCAGCGGUUUUACUUUCCUUCGAGGCACAUCUGCCCGGGAUUUAUUCAGCUCUGGGGAUUUUAAUCAGCGAUUGAUGCAUCUCGGAGUGUCUGAGUCCAUGAGAGAGUGCGAGUACAGCCAAAUAAGCACUCGCAGCUCCACGCCAAUGGAGACCCCUUACAAGAAAAGGACCCCAAAGAAGAGGAAGUGGGAGGCCUUCCCAGGUCGGAAUAAAUUUUACUGUGAUGGGAGGAUUAUGAUGGCCAAGCAGACAGGGGUUUUCUACCUCACCCUUGUCCUCAUUCUGGUGACUUGUGGACUUUUCUUCACAUUUGAUUGUCCGUUCCUGGCGCUGCAGCUGACCCCCAUCAUCCCAGUCAUAGGAGGUGUGCUGUUCCUGUUUGUACUGGGAACACUUCUGAGAACCAGCUUCAGUGACCCUGGGGUGCUGCCCAGAGCCACCCCAGACGAGGCAGCUGACCUGGAGAGGCAAAUAGAUGUAGCUAACGGCGGUACCGGCUACCGGCCUCCUCCCAGGACCAAGGAGGUGGUCAUCAACGGCCAGACAGUCAAACUGAAGUAUUGCUUCACGUGCAAGAUCUUCAGACCACCACGUGCCUCCCAUUGCAGCCUUUGUGACAACUGUGUGGAGCGUUUUGACCACCACUGUCCCUGGGUGGGGAACUGCGUGGGAAGGAGGAACUACCGUUUCUUCUACAUGUUCAUCCUCUCCCUCUCCUUCCUCACCAUCUUCAUCUUCGCCUUCGCCAUCACGCACAUCAUUUUACUCGCAGUGUCCCAUCGAAGCGGGUUCCUCAACGCGCUCAAAGACAGCCCUGCCAGCGUGCUGGAGGUGGUGGUGUGUUUCUUCUCUGUCUGGUCCAUAGUGGGCCUCUCAGGCUUCCAUACCUACCUGAUCAGCUCCAACCAGACCACCAACGAAGACAUAAAAGGCUCGUGGUCUUCUAAAAGAGGGAAGGACAACUACAACCCGUACAGCCAUGGCAAUAUAUUCACCAACUGCUGCGCGGCGCUGUGUGGACCCCUGCCACCGAGUCUCAUUGACAGACGAGGCUUUAUCCAAUCAGACGCACCGCAGUUGGCACCGCCGACCAAUGGCAUCACUAUGUAUGGCGCCACCCAGUCUCAGCAAAGCCACAUG